AUGGAAUUUGCUUGUUGCAUCAAAACUACAUGUGAAGCUCACGAUCCUCUUAUUUGUACACGUUGUGAACGAAACUUCCACGUCGAUUGUGCGCUGCCAUCUAAAUCACUAAAUUGGGAGCCCGAUGAAAGCAUAAGACUAAUGUGGAGGUGCCCCUCCUGUGGCAGCGCCUCUCCUCGUAACAAUAAAGACGAUACUCCUUGCCGUAAUGUUACAAAGCGCUCUAAGCCAAAGAGUGACAAGGCUACAACGAGUAUUGUAGACAAAUCCGCUAAGUCAAACCAAAAACCUUUAAGUCUUGCACAAAUUACGGCGGAGGAGAUACGGUCUAUAAUUAAAUCUGAGAUUAAAGAUGCCCUGUCGUCAUUUCAAAAAUCUUUCGAUGAUCUUCGAAUAGAAAUAUCCUCACUACGCAGUUCUGUGCAGUUUCUAAGCGACAGAUAUGAUAGUGUCACAAAAAGAUGGAAUCUAUUGAAGCGAAAA